AUGCAGUAUUUUGACUCAUUCGGUCGAUUGCGGUGUUUUAUUUGCGCGUGCCGUCUGCGGAGGAGUUGAAUAGCAGCUAUUGGAGCAAAAUAAGAGCUAACCUACUUACUAUAUAAAGACAAACUGGAACUGAAGGAAAUCUUUUAGCACUUUAGUCAGCACGCGCUGCAUGGCACACGGCACAACAGCCUGCCUGCUGUUUCUGUUUCAUCUACCAUUAUCGGAUGCUUAUAAAAACUUAUUAGCGUACAUAAUUUUUUAAAGUACAUGAUAAUUGCUAAUAAGUACCGCUUUGAUCUCUCGACCGGCAUUUUCAAAGGGCCAGGCUUUGAGCGUAGCAUACUCUGUGGGAAAUAGACCAAAGGAGAGUCGAGAUAAGUUGUAGGCUCUCCUGGAUUUAUAAAUAGCAACUGCCAAAUAACAGAGCCAGUUGGGUGGUUCACAAUAAUAGCUUCUUUACGAAAUUAAACGAACAUUUCAUUGUCCGGUUUACUAGACAUCGCUUACAUUCACAUAUCACAGGUGCUUACAAAGGAGUGCUCCGCGUGUCCGCCAGUUUCCGCACUGACGUGUUUCAAUGCUCUCAGAAAUAUAAAACUAACGCGAAUGUGUAUAACGAAAACGACGACCUCUAGCUUUACUACGUAAUUGUUUAUUAUCCCCAAACCACGCGUCAAUGAAUAACAUCGGGCUCGGCUUUACAAGAAAGGACGGAUCAAAAGAGUUCAUCACGCCCCCCUGUUCGCGCCGAGCACAGCGCAGGUGACAGAAGGCGGCAAGUUGGACCUGAUGGACGCGCGAUGCUGUUCCGUUCAUCACUGAGAUAUAUCCCGCCUAAGUGCAUCUUCCUUUGGGAAAGAGUCUGAUUUGGGAAUAGCCCUUCAUUUGGAGUCGGUCAUGUAUGCUUGGGAAGAAUCGCUGUGAGACAUAGAUCAUGAAUCCCUUCAGAUAUCCUCCAAACACUUUGCUGGAAUUAACCAUCAUUAUUCUUCUCAUUCACAACUCCAGGCUGGAAACCGAAGCAUCCUUGAUGGCUAGCAGGGCAUUGAUGGAGGGAUGCCCCCUUGGCCAGUUCCCUUGUGGAAACUUGAGUGUUUGUUUACCCCAAGUGCUUCAGUGUAAUGGGCACCAGGACUGCAAGAACGGCGCGGAUGAGGAACACUGUGGAGACAACAGUGGAUGGGCGGACAUCUUUGAUCGCACUAUUAAGAAGACAGAACCACAGGACCUUCCCAAGGAUUGUUAUCUGCAGCUUUACCCGGAGAGUUGCGGCUGCACGAAGACCGAGGUGGAAUGCGUGGAAGUGAACCUGCACUCCGUGCCCAAUCUCUCCUCCAAUGUGACUUGGUUGUCUCUGAAGAGCAAUCGGAUCAGAAAGCUGGAUGAUUACGUUUUCUCUAAAUAUACACAACUGCAGAGACUGUUUCUUCAGAACAAUCUCAUUCAGGUGGUGUCAAACCGUGCCUUCAGUGGACUUAUCAAUCUAACAAAACUGUUUCUCAGCAAAAACUACAUCACCUAUUUAGGGCCUGGUGUAUUCAGGGAUCUACACAAGCUAGACUGGCUAGUUUUGGAUCACAAUCCAGUUAAAAGCAUUUCCCACAACACCUUCAUCGGAUUGAGGUCUCUGACAUUUCUAUCUAUGGUAAACACGACCCUGAUGCGGUUGCCUGAAUCGAGUCUUUGUCAGCACAUGCCCGUGCUCAGCUGGCUGGAUUUUGCAGAGAACCACGUUGAUUUGCUGAAUUAUUCCACUCUGACGACGUGUACCACGCUCACUGUGCUAUCACUGCAUGACAAUAAAAUCAAGGCUCUUCCAGAAAACAUGUUUCAUUCUCUCGGAUCUUUGGUUGAACUAGAUUUGUCUUGCAACAGAAUCUCCGAUCUUCCCAGAAACACUUUCAAGAGCUUAAAAUCUCUGUUUAAACUGAACAUCUCUCACAAUCCAUCACUUCACAUUCACGCCAGUCAUUUCGUUCACCUGGUCCAGCUUGAGUCCCUAAGUCUGGAGGGCAUUGAAAUACCAGACAUUCAGACCAAGAUGUUUCUUCCAAUGGGGAACCUGUCACACAUAUACUUUAAGGAUUUUCAGUACUGUUCCUAUGCGCCACAUGUUCGGAAAUGUAAACCUAACACGGAUGGAAUUUCCUCUGUGGAAGACCUGCUAGCCAGCCUGGUACUGCGGGUGUCCGUGUGGGUGAUGGCAUUCAUCACCUGUUUCGGGAAUAUCUUCGUUAUCGGCAUGCGCUCGUUCAUUAGAGCAGAGAACAACCUGCAUGCGGCCUGCAUCAAAGUCCUGUGUUUUGCAGACUGUCUGAUGGGAGUCUAUCUGUUCUUCCUCGGAGUGUUUGAUGUGAAAUUUCGGGGCGAAUACAACCGCAACGCUCUGAUCUGGAUGGACAGCGUAGAAUGUCGAACCAUUGGCUUUCUUGCUAUGCUUUCCUCUGAAGUAUCAGUCCUCCUUCUUACCUACCUAACACUAGAAAAAUUCCUAGUCAUCGUUUUCCCAUUUAUCCAUCUGAGGCCCGGAAAACUACAAACAGGGCUGGUCCUGGCCUUCAUCUGGAUUCUGGGAUUUGUGAUAGCAGCUGUACCCUUGCUAAAUGAAGACCUCUUUGGGAACUAUUACGGGCGAAAUGGAGUUUGUUUCCCUCUGCACUCUGAUAGGCUGGAAAAACCCACAGCCAAAGCAUACUCCACGGGGAUAUUUCUGGGUCUUAAUCUGGUGGCAUUCUUGGUGAUUGUAGUUUCCUAUUCCAGCAUGUUCUGUUCCAUUUAUAAAACAGGCAUCAAUGCCACAGAUGUGCGCAGCCGGCUGCACAAAGACGUGGCCGUGGCCAACCGCUUUUUCUUUAUUGUGUUCUCUGACGCUCUCUGCUGGAUACCCAUAUUUUUGGUGAAAACACUCUCACUGUUAAAAGUUGAGAUUCCAGGAACAAUAAACUCAUGGGUGGUGAUCUUUAUUCUGCCUAUCAACAGUGCCCUGAACCCCAUCCUUUACACCCUGACCACCAGUUUCUUCAGAGAGCAGGUGGAGGUUCUACUUUGCCAGUGGCAGCGUCGUUCUGCAUCUAAGAAGGACCGGAAGAGCCUCACCAGCUCCACUAUCUACAUGGAGACAUCUCGUAAUCCAGAAUACCCAGCAAAAAUUACCAUGCCACGACCGUCUUUGGCAGAUAUGGAUAACCAGUACGGGUGAACGAGCUAAUGCUCGAGCAUCAGCGUGUAGGCCGGUCAUAAUCAUUAUUUUCAUUCGGAACAGUGGAUGGUGGCUUUCCUGGAAAAAAACUGAGAAGGAGCCCCCUACAUUUGGGUUCCAAUAUGGAAUGCUGCUCCUUUUAGACAUAUGACAUAUGAAUCACUUGAACUUUUGGACCCCUCCAGCAAUCCCCCCCCAUACAUCAUGUCUGGUCCAUAGGCAUGGAGUUGGGCUUGUUCUUCAUCUCAAAAGUUUGAAGAAGAAAAGCAACGGCUACAAAAACAAGGCACAACACUCACAGUACUGUAGCGCAAAUCUGUGAGGGAUCAAAAGAAUUCAAAGAGCGUUGUUUAUAAAAGAAAAGACAUUUAUUUUUUAUUGAGUUUUGCAAUGUACAGCAAAGGGAUUUUAUCCUAGCCCUGUCAUUUUUAGUAUUUAUCACAAAAAUACACAGUAACGGGAUCUCAUAAUGUCUAGGUAUGUUUUUAAAUCAACAAAUAAAUUGCCCAUGAUGACUCUCUUUUGGGCUUUGGUACUGACAUUCUCAUUUAAUAGUUGGAUGUUAUUGACAAUCCUCUUAAAAACAGAAAAAACAGAAGCAUGCUAUCAAGAUAAAGAGGUGCAUAUCAUUUAGAUUUAAUUGUAUGAGAUACAACUACAAUGUUUUUAUUUGUUUGUUUGUUGUUUGUCAUUUUUUACAGCAAUGCAAAAGCAUUUUAUUUUUGUAUUUAUGUACGUAUGUAUUUAUAAGUUCAAUCUAAAAAAUAUAAACUCAAAAGUCAAGCAUAAAUAUGUACUUCAUGGAUGUGUCAAGUUAUUGCCUUGGAAUUAUAGCCAUCCAUGGGUAUCAUUGGACAUGGUUUAUAAUUGAUCAUAAACGACCACGUAUCCCAUAAGUUAGCUCACAUUUAUGUGUUUGUGUGUUUUUCCUUGAGGGUUAUGUGUAUCAUAUUAUAUGCUUUAGACAAUAUGGUGUAUAUUAACAUAAAGGUAAGAAAUGUAGCGCAUUGUAUGCUAGAUAAACAAUAUUUAGCAUUACUCAAAGACAAAUGUAACGUUACGUCAGCUUUAAUUUGUACCACACGAUAAAAUACAGGCUACUGAUGUAAGUUAGUUUUAGUAACAUUUAAGACCGGAUUGGGAAAUCCUAUUUGAAGAGUCAGAGUGUUUGAUGAGCUAGUGUGUUUGAAAGGAAAAAUCCAUUAAACACGAUACAUUUGUC